AUGCCGACCGUUGCCAGCAGUCCUCAUCUACAGGCACUUUUCCCACUACAGGAGGAUCCUGAUGACAUCAGUAAUUUGAGCGAUGUCGCAUCAGUGGUCUCCCAUAUGGCAGGAAGCUACAUCGGGAGUGUAUCCCAGUUUUCAGAUACGAAAGGCAGCGUCUCUGUUCUGUCGUCCAAGCAGAUGUCCGCUUUCACUGCUCCGCCGCGAUACCGGAAUAGUGGGGCCUUCGUGCAUGGCACGAAAUUCCUCCACUUCUCGCCGAUCAUGGAGCAAGGACUGAAGGCGGCGAAAAGCGAGAUCUUCAUGAUCGACGAAGUCCGCCCGGACGGCCGGGUGCCCGGCCUGAAGGAAGCGCCCGAGAUUUUGAUCUUCAUCGACGAAGAAAAGGCCCGCAGUGAGAACAUGGAGUUCGACUACGAUGCCAAGGAAGGCACCUGGAAAACCCGCGGCAUUGACGGUGUGAUCCGUCCAUGGUUCUUCCAAAAAGUCGUGGAUCAGAGAGCUGGACCAGGUCGAGGAAACGUCCUGUUCCAGUCCAAAGAAGAUCCUUUGAUGCAGGCCAACAAGGUCCCAAAGGUUGUGCGGCCAAAGUUUCUUUUGCAUGCAACUUACUGGGAGAAUGUGGACGGCAUUCUUCGCGAAGGCAUCGUGCCGGCCAAGAACCCCCUGUCCAACUCCAGAAGACCCUUCAAGAAUUUGCUUCAGGGUGCAGAGUCCCACAUCUACACCCUUCGUGGUGGCCAAAGCGCACCGAAGUUUAGGGAGGACGCGCCUCAGGAGCAGGAGCCCAAGGGCCAGGCUUCCACAUUCUUGGUCGACGAGGACCGCGCAGGUCUUGACAGACGGCCAGAUGCAAUUUUCGUCAUCGACACGAAGAAGGCGAUGGACUUGGGCAUAGACUUAGAGCUAGUUCAGUCGAGCGACCGAGAGGAUAACAUUUACGUGAGAGGCAGCGUGCCCGCGGAAAUCCUCUCGUCCUGCCAGCCCAACAUUCCAGCAAACUUGCCGGAUACCUUGAAGGCCAAAAUCGUGGAUCCAAAGUCGUUUGAAGAUGUGCCGAUUAUCGACUUGUCUGGAGAUGAGGCAGGGCUUGUGGAGCAGAUCCGCUACGCUUGUGAGGUCGUGGGCUUCAUGCAGGUCACGGGGCAUGGCAUCUCGGAGGAGUUGCAGGCGACGCAUCUGGACUUGCAGAAGAAAUUCUUUGAGCUGCCGCAGUCGGUCAAGGAGCGCUUGAAGCUAUGCGAUGAGAGCCCGGUCCGUGGCUACUUCGGGCUGGGUGGUGAGGAUCUGGACCAAGUCCUCGAAAAGCAGGUCGAUGAAGCAAAUGGCAAGGACACAAUCCGAAAAGCCCGGAAGGAUCUCAAGGAGGCUUUGGACUGCAACGGCGUCCCCUUUGCCCGGCCAGUUGGUGGAUACAUUGCUGAAAUUUUCGCACAGCCCUCGCAGCUUCCGACAGAGGAGCUUUUGCUGGCUGCGGUAGAACUUGCAGGUUUCCGCGAGGUCCUGGACGAAUACGCAUCUGAGAUGUUCCGCUUGUCCAAGAGGCUCUUGGAGCUGAUGGCUUUGGCGCUUGAGAAGCCCCGGGAUUUUUUCGAGCAGCACUUGACCCAGCCCGUAGCAACCCACAGACUGCUACACUACUGGCCGCUGAAGGACUACGAAACCGAGAUCGGUGUCGGAGAGCACACGGACUAUGGCCUGCUCACCGUCCUGAAACAGGAUCUGGUGGGCGGGCUACAGGUCCUCAACGCGAAGGACGGUCGGUGGAUACACUGCUGUCCAGUGAAAAACGCCUUUGUCAUCAACUUGGGUGACAUGCUGAGCCGAUGGACAGCGCAUCGAUUUAAGUGCGACCCACAGAACCGCGAUGUCCGACAUGCCUUUUACAACUGUCUGGCUCUUGGGUCGGACAUGCCGCCGUUUCAGCAAAGCGAGACAGCUACAUUUCCGUCAAGUUCUAAGAAAGCUCGAGUGGCACUUACAGAAGAGAUCGGCCGCAUCGAGAGCUCUUGUUUGGAGCCUUUGAUCAGCGGCUUUCUGCAGGAUCCCAGCUUUCGACGAGAGUUGCAGGCCUUUGUUGCAGCACGAGCACCCGAGUUCCUUCAAGUCUGCGAAGAUGGGAGCCAUCCUCACGCCUGGAAAAGCUAUCACGACGAGUAUCGUGGCAUCUUCGAGAGCCAGAUGCAGAAGAUCUUGCACUCGCUGGGGAUGACUGACCGGGAGCUUACGGAGCUCUGCCGAUGGCUGCAAGAAGAGAACGGCCACGGUUUCCAGUACGACGAUGGCUUGAACGCCUUCCUGCAAGCGGUGACAGUUUGCGAGGCCUACGACAACUUCCUCACAGUGAUGUUUGCUGAGGUUGGCCGUCAGGCGGGUGACGCCAUUGAUGUGACGGUGCCGGAGACAUCGGGACCAGGGCAGCCGCUGAGGAUCUCGUACCUCGGCAUCACGUACGACCUCACCGUUCCCGAGACCUGCGCUGCAGGCGAGAGCUUUCAAGUUUCCGUGACGAGACCUGCAAAUCUGGAUUUGGUGUCACUUUUCAAUGUGCCAGAUUCCUUCUAUGGCCUGGAUUGA